ACGAAAACAUUUAGACGUGUCUCAUCGCUUGCCAGAGAUUGUUGUGUCAUUUUUCAUUUGCGUCAAUUUCCCUUGGUAAAAAUUCAUACAGUCGUACACAUUUCCAAACGAACGAGUGUUUUCAGAAGAAUGGUUCUACAUCCAAAAGUGGUCAGCGGGUUCCUGUAUUUUCUCUUCAUUUCUUCAGCGGGUGCGCAAUGGCAAAAUCCUUGGAUCGGUUUACCUCCGCCCACUAGCGCGGCAUUUGGGCACGUUAAUGUUACCGUUACAGCCAAUCAAUUGGACGUCGAAGAAAAUGUGCCAGGGAACACGACUCUGGCCGUUCUCUACUACACCCAAGGUGCUGAUGAAUCUUACGAUCCGGUAUUGCUCAAUGGUUGCGGAACUGUUCUGCGAAUGGGUACCCCAAAGAAUGGGAUGGUGGACAUUAUCUCGAUGAAAGAGUUUGAUUACGAAAGUGGCGAUAAUAACUCGUACUCGUGCACUUUCUAUAUUUCGAAACCUUUGCCUGCAGUCAAACCACUUAAUUUUAACAUUAUGGACAUGAACGACAAUAGGCCGUUCUUUUCCAAGUAUCCCCCUUCAGCGCUGAAUUUCUCAGAGAAUAACAAUGGACUUGUUUAUGAUUUUGAAGCGACCGAUGGCGAUAGAGGAGAUGUUUCCAAUUUAAUUUACAGUUUUGUGACUCUUGGUGGUGAUGGAUCUAAUUUCACCAUGAAUCCUCAAAACGGACAAUUUAGUGUCACCAAAAAAUUAGAUUAUGAAGCGGGACAAUUUUACUUGUUCAAUAUGAUCGUGACGGACAGAGGUGGUUUGACGGGAUCAAUUCAAGUUGCUCUCAACGUGAUUGACGAAAAAGAUUCGGCACCCGUGUGGAAACUGGAAGUACCCUUCAAAAACAUUCCGGAAGAACUGCCUGUUGAUGAGAUCGUGUUUUCUGUUCAAGCUCAAGACGGUGACGUUUCAGUGAACGAUUCAAUUGAUUACUCGUUAGUCGAUCCUAGAGGCAGUUUCUCGAUUAAUCCAACGACCGGUGAAGUGAAAAUAGCCAAACUGAUUGACCGUGACGUCGAAGACUUUGACUCCUACUUUGAUCUAAGCAUUACAGCCACUUGCCGGAAUUUCCCGACAUUUAAGAGCGUGACUUACUCGACCGUCUUCAUCGACGACAUUAACGACAAUCUGCCAAUCUUCGACAAACCCGUCUACAACUUUGCUAGCGUCGAUGAAGAUUUCGUGGGUCGGCUGUCACAAAUGGACAUCCUAGUCUUUGAUCCUGAUCUGAAAGACUCUGGUUCUUAUGUCAUGUCGAUCGAAGGUUCGCCGGAGAUUAAAUCACACCUCGAAUUGAGUCCUAGCACCGGCCGUAAUAAUGGAACCUUUUCCCUAAGGAUAACGUCUUCUGGUUUGUUAGAUUACGAGAAUAGCAAUAAACGCAACGUCACCUUCACGGUUAUAGCGAAGGAAUCGUCCGGCAAUCGGUACAGCACUUCUGUCGUCAACUUGUACUCCAACGACAUAAACGAUAACAGGCCUAUUUUCACUCAAUCUGAAUUUACGGCUAAUAUAAUUGAAAAUCUAGCGGUAGGCAGCUUGGUGACAACGGUAAAUGCAACAGACGCCGACAUCAGCCCAGGUUUCGGUCAGCCCAGCAUAAGGUAUUCUAUUGUGGAGAAUUUCGACGCAGGUCGUUAUUUCGUCAUUAAUGACACGACGGGUGAAAUUCGCACGUCGAGCAACAUUGAUCGGGAAUCUACGUCGUCCAUGUUAACCUACACUGUCCAGGCUAUCGACAAAAAUGGUAAUUACGACGGACAGAGAACAAUUGCUAAUUUAGUAAUCAACAUUCAAGAUCUUAACGAUGAUCCCCCUGCUUUCUCGCCGCCUGGCACGGUCACGUUCAGCGUGACAGAAAAUGUCGACACUGCGUUUGAAUUGACUACAGUUACGGCUUCUGAUAAGGACGACAACCCUAAUUUGAUAUUCUCCAUCAACUGGGACAAUUCGAAAUUCUUCAAAAAUCGUGCACUGAUCAGUAAUCCCGAUCCAGAAUGGAAGAAAUCGUUUGUGCUGGUGUUGAAGAGUCGAGCUUGGACCAAAGAGUUUUCAAGAAUCGUUACUUCAGUGACUGCCAGUCUCCAAGUUGGCGAUUCAUCUCUAUCACCGGGCAACUGCAACGAUUGCAAGAAUACGCCACUCGACCGUGAGAAAUUCGACUCUGUAGAUCUGUGCCUCACGAUCACGGACAGCAAAACGGCCAUCAACCGCAACAAAGACGAGCUUUAUGUUGUGGUGAAUAUUGAAGACGUGAACGAUAACGAUCCCGUCUUUGAUGUGUUGGACAAAGAGUUUUCCAUCGUGGAAGGAAAUGCCACGGUCAUUGGAACAGUUUUCGGAUCUGUCCGGGCUACAGACGUCGACGUUAACAAUACCAUCACUUAUUCACUCAGUUUGUGUGAUGACGUGGCCAUCGAUAAAAACGGACAGUUGACCACGACGGGGCUAAUCGAUCGAGAAACAAAUGACGUGAUUUUAUGCCAAGUGAUGGCAACUGACAGUGGAACGCCAGCUCGGUCGUCUAAUUCAAAUAUCAAAAUUAACGUCAUAGAUGUCAAUGACAACGAGCCAGUGUUGACGGUGACGCCCAGCCAAGUGACGAUUCCGGAAUGCAGUACUCAUUCAUCAACCAAAGAUGGCACGAUUGUUUCCAAGUUGACAGCUAUCGACGCUGACAUAGGAGCUUACGGGAAUGUGAGUUUCCUGCUGUCACAGCAAAAUUCUGAAGGAGUCGACGAGUUUGCCAUUGAUUUGCACACUGGCGAGAUGACGGUGAGGAAUUGCGAGUUGCUCGAUUUCGAUAAUAAGAAAACUAGCUACAGCAUCGUGGUUGAAGCCCGUGAUAAUUACCGCCAAGGAAUUACCCUCGGCAGUUUGUCCACCUUCCAACGAAUCAACAUCACGUUGAUGGAUGUUAACGACAACGCACCGACACUUUCAUGUCCAGUCGAUUCUAACGGAUGUUGUGCGUCACCAUUGGAAUCGUUGACUAUGAACGAAUUGGUGGCUUCGAUUCAAGGAUUCGACAAAGACAGCGCCGGUCCAAACACACAGUUGACGUUCACGCUGCACGGACAAACUCGAGUGGGUGGUAACCAGCCCGAUAAAUGCAAGGACCUCUUCCGCUUGGAAACAGUCGACAAUUCCAUGGGAAAAGUGUUCCUUAACGUUCCAGAAAUGCUCGACUGUACCGGCAGUUAUGACAUAACCGUACAGGCUUGCGAUCAGGGUGACGACAUAGAAUUUUCCCAGUGUUCCAUGAACACGACGUAUCGUAUCUGCGUCUUGGAUGUCAAUAACAAUUUCCCACAAUUCGUGUUUCCCGAUAGCAACAACACGGUUUUCGAAGUGCCGGAGAAUUCAAUCGUGGGUCUGCCUUUACUAUACAACGGAACUAAUUCGCAGCUCACGUUUAAAGCCUCCGAUAGCGAUGAAGGAGAUAAUGGGAAAGUCGUCUACACCUGGAGUAAUGACAGCAUCAACGAUGUUUUUGGGUUAAACAAGGACUCGGGUCAAGUUACUUUAAAUAGCGAGUUGAACCGUGACGUUCAAAGUUAUUACAACCUGGUCGUGAUAGCUACAGACAAGGGCGUGCCCAGCACUCUUAGCAACCAAAUGAAUUUGAGAAUCAACGUGCGAUUGAGUAACAAACAAAAGCCUUAUUUCCAGUCGAACGCCCAGUCUUUAAGCUUCACGGAAAACCAGAUGGAAAACAAGACGUUUCAAAGCGCAAUAGAUCAAGAUAACAUUAAUCUUUUCCCUGGGGAAAGUCCCUAUGACGUUUGCUACUAUGUCGUGUGUGGGAAUAAUGAGUACUUUGAUGUUCCCGACAAAACUGUCAACAAACUUCAAACUAAAAAGACGCUGGAUCGUGAAAAUCCUCCAACCAUUCCUUACGUCGUUAUCUAUACUACUAACGAAUGCACCAACAGACCUGUGGUGGGAUCUUGUUCGGAAAUUGACUUUACUGUGGGACAAUACCUCAACGUUACCGUCAACAUCGUGGAUGUGAACGACUGUGACCCGGAAUUUUCCGGUUCCUUGUCCGGUGGAAUUACUCAGGGUGAUUCAUCGGGUAAAAGAGUAUUUCCAAUGACGAUAACUGAUCCAGAUGAAAACGAUGCUGUCACCUGUAAGAUUGAAGAUGAAUUUACCGUUAGUCAGUCGUCUGUGGGGCUAGCAGACGUGAAUAAACCACCAUUCCGGAUUGAUCAAGAUAAAUGGAUCACCUUGUUAUUCACCGUGCAGACCGACAUGAAAGGCUAUUUCACAUUGAACGUUACCUGUGAAGACAAAGUGAAGCAUUCUAGUCGUAAGGCCAUCAAGAUUUACGUCGUCACUCAAGAGAAUAAAGUGGACAUUGUUUUUGACAACACUCAGAAAGAAGUUGAAGCAGGGAGAUCAGAGAUUGAAUCCAUUUUUACGACAACGCUCGGCUUCAAAUGUAACGUCGAAAAAGUAAUAGGAUACGAUGCUGGAAUAGCGCAGACGGGUAACACUUCUUACAACUCUGCUCUGAGCCACUUUAUCGACGAGACAAAAGCAGAGGCGGAACCUGUCCUUGCCAACGUGAUUAUUGCAAUGAAAGAUGAGCAUCAGAAUGAGCUUAUAGCUCUUUGCCUAGGCGUAGGAUUAAAUCUGGUAUCCAUCGGUCCAUUACCGACGGAGACCAACACUUCGGAAGCCAUUUUCAAGAUCCUUUUUAUUGUCGCUUGCGUAGCCCUGGUUAUCGCUUUUAUUCUCCUCGGCAUUCUAUUUUUCUCCAAAUCAGAGCUCAAACGUCGACUGGAGGGUCUCCUUGCUCGCCCGUCGUUUGGCUCGCAAGGAUCUAGUCUGAACGAUGCUGGAAUUGUACCUAAUCAACAUCACAAAGGCGUGUCUAAUCCGAUUGUAAGUCUGGAACUCUCGUCCAACUCGAAUCACGACAACAGCUUUGACAACAUGAGUCAGAGUAGUGGUGAUUCAAUCAUUGGAGUGGAAAACAACCCGGAUUUCAACUUGGAUGAAAAGGGAGCCAACGGCAAAGUGAAUAACGGAUACGUUCAAGAGUUUUUCCCGUUCCAGAACGUUUCUCGACGCAAUCCUUUGGCGAACGAUUCUCCGCCGGAACCUCACCACCCACCUCCACCGCUUCCGAAACAAUCCGUCAAACGGCCGGCACCUCCAGUUCCCGUUUUGAAUAUUAGCGACCAACAGUCAGAUUAUUCAGAUUCUGAAGACGAAUCGAUGACGGCAAUUUAACAAGUAAGCCUUUAUUCCGGCCGGAAACACGACUAAUUAAUUACGUAAUAUUUCCAACUGUUGUACAAUACCUAUAUAUAUACCUACGGUUGUUUUAAUAAAGAAUAAUAUUUAUCCGA